UGAACAGUUACGAAAGGGGCGGCGGUUGGAGUGAGAAUUUUAAACUUUAAACUAGUUUUUGGUGUUAAGCCCUGAAGAGGCUGCUGCAUAACGAGUUUUGCGUUGAUGGUGACGGUGCUGACAGCAGGAGAAGUGGAAAUUCAUAAUAGUGCCUGUGAGUAAAGUAGUUUUUACGAAAUCCUCGUCAGAGCGCGUUUUGCUGGUUUUGCUCUGUUUUCUCGGCUUCGUGCCAAACUAAUGGCGCUGAAGGCAAGGGUCCUGUAUGAGUUCAACUCCGAAAACCCGGGCGAGAUCACAGUGAAGGAGAAUGAAGUGGUUGUUUUGCACAGCGAGCAGGACAUAGAGGGCUGGCUGGAAGGCACGAACGCCCGCGGGGAGAGGGGGCUCUUCCCCGCCUCCUACGUGGAGGUACUCAGAGGGGACGCGGUGACUCCCUCGCGACACGGCGGCACCGCCUCCUUCAAAGCGGACGCUCAGGUGGACAGCUUCGCCAAAGCCGUGGCUCCCAGCUUUCCCAAAGCCGUGGCUCCCAGCUUCGCCAUCCUGCCUGCUCCGUCCCAGAAUCAGCACAAGUAUCAGGUGAGUCAUCACGGGAGCGAGGAAGACUGGGACGAUGACUGGGAUGACAGCUCAGCCGCUGCGGAUGAGCCCGCGGGCGCAGGGGGGGGUGACCCCGACUUCCAGGGCAACGGACCUUCCACAUAUCGCUUGUCCACCUCCGUGGCGAGAGGAGGCUAUCCUCAACAAGCCAAGAGUUCCGGAACCGUGGGCAGGAAUCUCAACAGGUUCUCAACUUUUGUGAAAUCCGGCGGGGAGGCGUUCGUACUGGGGGAGGCCUCCGGCUUCGUGAAGGACGGGGACAAGAUCUGUGUGGUGAUGGGACAGUAUGGUCCGGAAUGGCAGGAGAACCCUUACCCGUUCACGUGUACCAUUGAUGACCCUACGAAACAGACCAAGUUUAAAGGCAUGAAAAGCUACAUUUCGUAUAAGCUCACACCCACACACACGCAGAACCCGGUGAACAGGAGAUACAAACACUUUGACUGGCUGUACGCCAGGUUGGUUGAGAAAUUCCCGGUCAUCUCCAUACCCCAUAUCCCCGAGAAGCAGGCCACAGGGAGGUUUGAGGAGGACUUCAUUGCCAAGAGAAGGAAAGGACUGAUAUGGUGGAUGAACCACAUGACCAGUCAUCCAGUGUUGGCCAGGUGUGAUGUUUUCCAGCACUUCCUCACCUGCAGCAGCACAGAUGAAAAAGCCUGGAAGCAAGGGAAAAGGAAAGCAGAGAAGGAUGAGAUGGUGGGAGCCAGUUUCUUCCUGACCAUCAGCACACCUGCGGUCCCUCUCGAUCUGCAAGAUGUAGAGAGCAAAAUUGACGGGUUUAAGGCUUUCACCAAGAAGAUGGAUGACAGCGUGCUCUAUGUCAGUGCAACCAUAAGUGAAUUUGCCAGGAAGCAGAUGUUGGGGUUUAAAAAAGAGUACCAGAAAGUCGGACAGUCCUUCAAAGUGCUCAGUCAGGCAUUUGAACUUGACCAGCAGCCAUUCUCUGUGGGUUUAAAUGAGGCCAUAGCAUUCACUGGAGAGGUCUAUGAUGCCAUUGGCGAGUAUUUUACAGAGCAGCCCAAGCAGGACCUGGAGCCUGUGAUGGAUCUGUUAACCCUUUAUCAGGGACAUCUGGCUAACUACCCAGACAUCAUCCAUGUCCAGAAAGGUGCUCUGACCAAGGUGAAGGAAAGCCAAAAGCACGGAGAAGAGGGCAAGGUGGAUCACCCACAUUCUGAGGGUAUCCGGGAGCGCUGCAAUAUCAUCUCCUUUGCCACACUUGCCGAGAUUAACCACUUCCACCAGAUCCGUGUGCGCGACUUCCGGGCCCAGAUGCAGCACUACCUUCAAGAGCAGAUUGGAUUUUUCCGGAAGAUCACUAGCAAGCUGGAGGAGGCACUACAGAAGUAUGACAGUCCAUAAGGUGGAGUCUGCAGGGGAAUGGAGAGCAAAAGUGUUGUUUUUCAUUCUUAUCUAGUUCAAGUGAAUUGUAUUCCCUGAAGUCUGGAUUUUAUGGCUGAGGCUCAGAAGGGUUCUUUUAAAAAAAAAAAACUCCUUUCUUAAACACAAAGUAUGUACAGGAGUCUGCAGUCCUAAAAAUUUUGAACAGAACUGUUGAUAAAAUACAUUUUAAAUGGAAUGUACACACCUGUGUGCAAAACAUCUUUUAUGAAUGUCAGAAGAAAUACGGCAUUGGCUUUUAAGUAUCAAGUAACAAAACCGUAUAUUACAAUAAAAGAACUAUUCAGUGAAAAUUAACUUUGCUAGGCCUUUGUAAGAUUUUAUCAUAUAUGCCCAUAGCAUAGAUUCCGGGAUCAACAAGAAGUUUACAUUUGCCACUUGCACCUUCUAAAUCUGCCUAUUCUUUCUAUAUGUAACUUAAAAUGUGCAGUACACUCAGUAAGUUGUAAGACUAGCUACUGUGUGAUGACAUUGCAGCCAAGAAGUUAUAAGACUGGCUAUGGUGUGAUGGUGGCAAGUCUUAGAACUCAUGGAAUGUACCAUCUAUAGAGUGCGUGUGUCUUUGUGCACACUUGCUUUUAAUUUUUGGCAGGUUUAUCAAAGACGGAAGAAUAGUAUAUAUUUUGCGUUUGCUUCGACUUAGUUUCUGUAUUUGGACAGUUGCCUUUUUGGGUGGGUAAAUUAAGAGUCAUAUAACAUACAUUAAGAAAUAUUUUUGGAAAUGUGAAGAAGUGAUCUAUAAUAAAUA